CCGCCCGGGGGGGGGGGGUUCUAAGGCGAGACUCUCCCAAGUGAUAAUAUAAGGAACCUGGUCAGGAUGUCCGUGGACGACCCGAUCUUUAACCUGUAAAAUAAUGAUCUUAUUAAAUGUGCCAUUCACUGGCCAUCCCACUCCGAAAGUGGGCCACUCGGAUGUGCAGAGAGUCUGCCAUUUUCCUUUUUUAACCUCGACAGACUGGUUGUGUGCCCGGUCGUGGACGUCUUUCCAAUGAUCAAGAGUGAGACUUAGGGGCGUUGUUAGAGACUGUCCCAUGUUAGUUCUAAGGAAGAUUAGGACACAGAGAAAACAACACCAACAGUCAAACAACAGACAGGCGUGCUGCACGGCUUUGGUACCAAACUGAAAGCAAAAAGUCAGAUGGAGGUGGCAAAGGUCCAGGGCCCUCUGAAAGCCAAAAAUACAGACAGAGGUGCCGUAAGUCCGGAUCCUCCUCCUCUAACCAGAGUCCCAGAUUGAGCCCCGAAAAGUCGGGCCCCUAACACCCUUGGAACGUCUUCCAGGGCUGCGGGGCGAGAAGUCCGAGCUCGUCAGCUCCUUCUUCAUCCCGCCCAAAUUCCAAACAAUCUGGCUGAGCGCUCACAGAACAGACAGAAUAGGGCAGAACGAGACAGAAUCAGACAGACGUUGGCCUACCUCCCAGUGGGUGGUCGGUGGUCCCUGGGUGGAGGAUCUCCUUUCCCGGCCAAUGCACCAAAUUGAAAAGUUCUCAGGGAGAACUUUCCCUCGGGAUGGAGACCCUCCAACUCAAUGACCAGACCGAGACCACAGGAUGCAAUCAGCAAGAGGAUUUGGUUUAUUGUCGGGAUACACAGGCACCUGUGGGCGCUUCAGUCACUCGGGGGACUGGCGCGCCCCACGGAACCAAGGAUGGGCUUUUUAUAGGAUUCUGGGGAGCAGAAGCAAGCAUACAGAAGCAGACACAUGGUUACAGGGAUAUAAUUGGUGGAUUCUAAUGUGGCAAGGGUUCAGCCCGGGGGCAAGUUUCCUAGCUACCUUCCUGGAACAUAACGACUGACUCGGCCCCCCACCAGGGUGUGGGACCUCUCCCGGGGCUUUUCUCAUUGUCAGGCGCUCAACCGCAGUCGUCCUGUUGCCAGGCCUUCAUUCACACACAUCCUGCUUGGCAGCCGCUGUGUACUCAGUGUUCUAACCUUUCCCUGAACCAGUCAUCUUAAGUACAGCCUUGCAAAAUGGCAUUACUGCUGCUAAGCUGGGGUCUUUCAAAGAAAGCACAAAGGGAGACAACCCUGGAGAUAGAAAACCUAGGAAAAAGAUCAAGAGUCAUAGAUGCAAACAUCUAUGUCUUGUAUCACAGAAUACAAGAGAUAAAAGAGAAUCUCAGGAGCAGAAGACACCAUAGAAAACAUCAAAACAACUGUCAAAGAUAAUAUAAAAUGCAAAAAGCUCCACACCCAAAACAUUCAGGAAAUGUAGGACACAAGAGAAGAAACCUAAGGACAAUAGGUAUAGAUGAGUGUGAAUAUUCCCAAUAUAAAGGGCCAAUAGAUAUUUUCGACAAAAUAAUAGAAGAAAUCAUCCCUAACCUAAAGGAAGAGAUGCCCUUAUGUCCUUCUUAAAGUCCUGGUAUCAUUAUGUGAUGUGAUUUUAAUUAAAUCCAAAUCUUGCUUUUCAGGUGUGUUUGGAUACCUAGUAUUUGCUUUGGUGGCAAAACUGGGCUCUAAUGAUGCCAAGUAGUCUUGUUUUCUGUUGCUUAGGUUACUGUGCUUGUCUCUUGCCAUCAGGUGGUCUUUGGUGUUAGUUUGUUUUGUUGUCUCUGACAGUGGCUUGAUCCUUUUGUAAACCUGUGUGUCAGCACUCUAUAGACCUGUUAUAUUUCAAGCUGGGUCUGGGAACAGAGAGAUGCUCCUUGAUUUUUUUAUCCUGAAGUCUCCAGGUGGAUCAUAUGGAGCAGAAGAGUUGGUCUUUCCUUUGUUUUCAGGUGUGUUAUUGCUCCUGAUGACUGGCUACUAGUUCUGGGCAGAAACAGAAACCAGAAGAUUCCUGCUGCUGACUGUUUCUAUGUUCCUAUAUUCAGAGGGGACUAGGCAGGUUAUUCUUAGGCUAGGAAUAGGAGCAGAAGUAGUGGUCACCUCUCAGCUCUAAGGAUUGUCUGCAUUUCUGAGGGCCCAGCUCUCUCCCCCAUGGAAUUUGGGUACAGAGAGCUGUGGGACCAGUUCAGUUCUGGGCCCAGGCAGAAACCUGCUACAUGUUAUUUUCUAGCAUACACAUGUGAACCCUGAUAAGAUAAAGACCAAAAUAAUACACAAAUUGAGACAUGGCAUAACAUUUUUCAAUCUAUUUCCUAUUUUUAUUUACCACACAAUACUGAGGGUUGUUCCCAGGAUGUCAAACAAAAUUAGAACAAUGCUCUGACAAAAAGCCUCACCUGGUCCUUAUUUGUAGAAUUUACAACUUCUUUUGUGAUAAGUUUUAAUCCCCUGUAGAUGUGAAGAAAGUUUCCCAGGGUUUAAUCUAGUAACCUAAGGUUCAUCCCUAAACAAUUUUUGAGAAUAAGUUCUCUAUCAUCAUUAUGUGAUGUGAUUUUAAUUAAUUCCUAAUCUUGCUUUUAAGGUGUGUAUGGAUAUCCACUAUUUGCAUUGGUGGUAGAACUGGGCUCUGAAGAUGCCAAGCAGUCUUGCUUUCUGUUGUUUAGUUUCCUGUGUUUUCCUCUCGCCAUAAUGUUGUCUCUGGUGUUAGCUUGUUUUGCUGUCUCUGACAGUGGCUUGACCCUCCUGUAAGCCUGUGUGUCAGCACUCCUGUAGACCUGUUUUCUUUCAGCUGGAUCUGGGUACAGAGAUCUGCUCCAAGGUUUGUGUGUGCUGAUGCCUCGAUGUGGUUUGCUUGGAACAGAAGAGUUGGUCUUUCCUUUGUUCUCAUGUGUGUUAUAGCUCCUUUCUGUUCUGGGCAUAGGCAGCAACCUGAAGGGUCCUGCCCCUGACUGCUCCUAAGUUCCUUUUUGCAGAGGGCAGAGAGGGCACUAGGCAGGUUUCUCUGGGGUCAGGAAUGUGAGAAGUAGUUGUCUACGCUGAGCUCUCAGAACUGUCCUCAUUUCUGAGAGUCCAGCUCUCUUCCCCAUCGAAGUUGGGUACAGAGAGCUGUGAGACCGGUUCAGUUCUGGGUGCAGGCAGAAACCAGCUCCAUGUUCUUUUCUAACAUUCAUAUGUGGACCCUGAUAAGGUAAGUCUAAAAUCAUAAGACAUGGAAUAACAAUUUCAAUCUAUUUCCUUUUUGUAUAUACCAGAUGAUACUGAGAUUUGUCCCCAGGAUCUCACAAGAAUGUAGAACAAUACUCUGACAAAAAUCUCACCUGGUCCUUAUUUGUAGAAUUUACAGCUGCUUUUGUGAUUAAUUUUAAUCCUCUCUAAAUGUGAAGAAAGCUUCCCAGGGUUUGAUCUAGUAACCUAAGGUUCAUUCCUAAAACAGUUCUUGAAAAUAAGUAAAGGACCAGCUGGAGAUUCCCUUUUCCUGCAUUGAUAGUGACUAAACAUCUGAGAUGCAAGCUGAGAUUCCUAGGUAUUAAUUAUAAACAGUUCAUUUUUUUCAAAAAAAGACAUAACUAUUUUCUAAUUAAUACUAUUUAGCCUAGGGACAACCUGGGAGCAGAGACCCAGGCAGCAGCACAUCAAAACCCUGAGCCAUCUAUGCAGGAGUCUUGGAGUAUCUGUGUAGAUACCACAAUGUGUAUAAAGAGAUUGAAGUGUCCUUUAGACAGUGUGGAUGGUCCAGGACGGAGAAGGUGCUUGAAUAAGGGGGCAAACAAAGUGGUUGUAGACUGAGCAGCAUGUUGUCUUCUAAGGCAAGGGAGGUACCUUGUAUGAGGAAUAAUGGUAGCACCCAUGGAAGUAGACUGAAUAGAAAUCUAUUUCCUGAGAAAGUGACUUACAGAUGCAGCCCCAAUGUCUUCUAAGAAGAAGCUUCAUGAGACAAAGGCCAAUUUUUCCUUAAAAUUCAAACUCCACACAAACCCAUCAUCACCCUGUAAUUGUUCUGGAGCAAUGAUUAAAUCUUGAACAUUGUGUGGAUCCACACCUGUAAUUAGGACUCAGGAGGCAGACUCAAGGUCAUCUCUAGAAGAGACUAGAAUAAUAGAAAAACCUUGUCUCAAAACACAAGCAAAAGACAAUAAACAGGAAUAAUUAAAUCUACAAGACUAUGCCUAUAUGAGGUAAGGUUGAAUCCUGAGUGGCACCAAAGUGUGGGUGAGCAUAAUGGAUCUGAGUUUUUGUGGAGUGGGUGGAUAGAAAGAUUGGGAGGAAACCAGAGUUUCAAGUUUGUAGAGAGAUGUAAGUGCAGGUCCUGGGUGUAGAGGUCAAUCAGACAGAGGAUUGGGCAAGCUGCAGCAGCCUGCUGGAUUCCUGGUGAGUUGGUGGUUACAUAAACUGCUUAGAAGGAAGGAAACAAUUAGGAGGUGCUACCAGCGGGCAGGAAACCCUUGCAGAACAAAAUGAGAAGACCCUUAUUUCUUGAUACGGUUACUGAUUAGGGAAGGCCAAAUUUCCACUGUUGUGGAGUCCCAAAGUACAAGAGAGCCCAAGUGAUGGGGCUAAGGCUGUGAUAAUUUCUCAGAACAUAAACAAACCAUGAUUUGAAUAUAUCUGCUGAGUUAAGAAUGAUGUGCUCAAAGUCUGGUGUGGUGGCCCACACCUUUUCUCCAGCUCUGGGUAAUUAGAGGCGGGUAGAUCUUUUUUGAGUUCCCUGUCAGCCUUGUCUAUCAGUUGAGUUAAAGGACAGCCAGGAAGGUUAUACUAUGAAAUCUUUGUUCAAAAACCAAACAAGCAAAAAACAAAGAAAAAAGAAACCAAAUUACACCACCACCAACUAAACGAUUGGUGUCUUCAACCUGGCCAUACUAGUGGUGCGGAACAGAGAGAGCAUUUGCUGGAUAUGAGGGAAUGAAAUUGGAGCUGUUGAGAUGAUCCUGGGUGAAGAUUCAAUUUCAGCUAAGUCCUCAAAGUAGACAUUCCAUAUCAAUAGGCAUCUUCUUUAGAUCCUCAGCAACAAAGCUAGACUUUAUCUCAAAUUAAAGGAAUUAAAACAGUUUUUCCAAGCAAAGGAACCAAAAAAGGUGCAGCUAUCAUACUAAUAUCUAAUAAAAGAGCAACAAAGCUAGACUUUAUCUCAAAUUAAAGGAAUUAAAACAGUUUUUCCAAGCAAAGGAACCAAAAAAGGUGCAGCUAUCAUACUAAUAUCUAAUAAAAGAGAGUUUUGAUCAUAAGUAAUCAAAAGAGAUGUAGAAAGGUACCUCAUAUACCUCAAGAAACAAUCCAACAAAAUAACAUUUAAAUUCUAGACAUCUAUCUUCUAAAGCAUGUGUACCCACAUUUCUUUCUUUUUUUAAAAAUCUUUAUUAACUUGAGUAUUUCUUAUUUACAGUUUGAUUAUUUUCCCCUUCCCAGUUUCCGGGCCAACAUCCCCCUACUCCCUCCCCCUCCCCUUCUAUAUGGACUUUCCCUCCGCAUCCUCCGCCCAUUACCACCCUCCCCCCAACAAUCACGUUCACUGGGGGUUCAGUCUUGGCAGGACCGAGGGCUUCCCCUUUUACUGGUGCUCUUACUAGGCUAUUUAUUGCUACCUAUGAGGUUGGAGCCCAGGGUCAGUCCAUGUAUAGUUUUUGGGUAGUGGCUUAGUCCCUGGAAGCUCUGGUUGGUUGGCAUUGUUGUCCAUAUGGGGUCUCGAGCCCCUUCAAGCUCUUCCAUACCUUUCUCUGAUUCCUUUAACAGGUGUACCCACAUUUCUAUGUGAAAAAUUACUAUAGAUCAAAUAAUAUAUCAAACCCUAAGUAUUGAUAGUAGAAGACUUCAACACCCCAAUCUCAUCAACAGAUAGAUUAUCCAGACAGAAACUAAACAAAAGUCAUGAGAUGAAUAGAGGUUAUGAAUCAAAUAGUCCUAACACUUCUAUAGCACAUUGCAAACAGAUAAGAAUGUAUCUUAUAAGCACUUCAUGGAACUCUCUAAAAUUGACCACAUACUUGGUCACAAAGCAAGUCGGAACAGGUUCAAGAAAUAACCCUUUGUAUCUUAUCAGAUUUCCUUGGAUUAAAGCUUGGCUUGAACAACAGAAGCAAAAGAAAACCUACAUACUCACGUAAACUGAAAAACUGUCUAAUCAAUGGUUGUUAGGUAAGGCAAGAAGUAAAGAAAUUGAAGCCUUUUAAAAUUCAAAUAAAAUGAGCUCACAACGUCCGCAAACUUAUGGGAAACAGUAAAGCAGUGCUAGGAGAAAAGUUCAUAGCAUUAAAUGCCUUCCUUAAAAAAUUAAAGAGUUCUUAUACUAACAAUUUAAAAGUAUAUGUGAAAGCACUACUAAGAAAAGAAAGACACCAAAAAGGAGUAAUUGGCAGGAUAUAAUCAAACUCAGGACUGUUUCUAGUCAAUCAAUUAGAAACAAAGAGAAUAAUAGAAUCAAGAAAAGCAGGUUCUUUCACAAAACAGACAUGAUAAGCAAAUGCUUUGGCAUGUUAGACCAUACACAGAUCAGGAAAAUCAUGAGGGAAUAUAAUGGACACUGAAGAAAUUCUGAGAAUCAUUAGAUCUUGCUUCAAAAGCCUAUGCUCCACAACAUGGGAAAUUCUAAAAAAAUGGAUUAUUUUCUAAACAGAUACCACUUAGUAAUGAUAAGUUGAGAACAUCUUAUAUAUCUAAACACUCCUGUAUACCCUUGAGUAAAAGAAGCAGACCUUGAAAGUCACCCAAAUGAAACAAAAUCUCAGGGCGAGAUGGUUUUAGCACAGAUUUCUACCAGGCUUUCAAAGAACAGCUGAUACCAAUACUUCCAAGAGUAUUGCAUACAAAAGAAGGAGAAUAAACAGUGCCAAAUUCAUUCUGUGAGGACUCUGUCACCUUGAUUCGCAAACCACACACAGAUUCAACAAAGAGAGUUUCACAUCCAUUUCUCUUAUGAACAUGGAUGCAGAAGUAGUCAACAAAAUACUCAGACACCAAAUCACAGAAGACAUCAAAGAAAUCAUCAACCAUGAUCAAGUGGUUUUCAAGCCAGGGUUGAAAGGUUGCUUCAAUACAAGAAAAUCCAUCCCUGUAAUUCACCAUAUGAACAAAUGAGAGAAAAAUAUCACAGGAUCCUCUCAUUAGUUGCUAAAAAAGCCUUUGACAAAAUCCAACUGCCCUUCAAGUUAGAAGUCUUGGUGAUACAAUGUACCUAGCUGAACUCUGAGUUUUAUUGGGGUUACUUAGAUGUUGUUCUAGUCUGGGACUAACAGUCUAACACUCAGGUAGGACAUGUGGUCAGAGGGACAUUUUUGGUUUGUGUAGACUCCAUUAUUUGGUGUGGUGAAUUAUAUUCACGUGGAGUUUAAUUUACCUUUUAAAAUUUUUUAUUAAAGAGAAUAAAUUUGAAAUAUGAUGGGUAUAGAUGUUGAUAAGAGCUUGGGGAGGAGACUUGAUAGCAUAUAUAUUCAUAUAUUUAGAUGCAUAUUUUAAUUGUGAGGAUAUUUUCUGUGUAGUUCUAUCCUGUAAAGUGGUAUGUAGAGAAAGACAGCUUGGAACUGACAGAGAUGCACCAUUCUCUGUCUCCUGAGUCCUUCGAAUUUAGGUAGACACCCAUCCAGGAUCAUGAAAUGUAUUGCAGGAAGAUUUUCCUAAAAACCCAGGAAUUGUUUUUGUGGGUAGAACUAGAUCACUUAGAAGCUUGUGAAGAAAAGGGCUUUGUGCAACGACAGACCCUAACUCAAAAAUAAAACAAAAGAAUUGUGAUUCAAUCAAAGACAAGGACUCUCUAGGGUGGGGCUGAAAUAGCGUUGACAGCAAAUGGUGUGUUUAUCCAAUGAAUUUGAAGACCCGGGGAGUGGGAGGAGCCAAAGAGUGGGUGGAGCUUUGACUAUCGUGCCUGGAGAAGAUAUUUAAGGCCUGGUUCUGGAAGAACAGGUAAAACACAGUGAAGAAUCGAAACAAGGUAAAGCGAGCUGCUGUUUUUCAGGUGAGUGAGUGUCCUGAAUACAUUUUGUAAAUGAUGUAUAUUUUGCGGGUGGUUACCCUCAUGGAAGAGAGAGGGAGCUAGAAGAUGAAGAGCUUGGGGGGCAUUAGCAGGUGGUGUAUGUGUUUGGAGGUUGAGGUCCCCCAAAUCGCCAGAGUUGGGCAGGUAGUCCUGAGGAAAGGCAGGGGCAGCGCACUUGUUUCUCCACAGGUGUUAACACUUGGAAAGAAGUGUGCAGUGCUCCUGGAACACAGAUCAAGAGAGCUAGUAAGACCCAAUGUUGCAGGCCCAUCUACUGUGCUUUUGUAUAGUUACCAAGGCCGAGGCCUGAGCCCUUUGUUGUUCAGUAAGCCUAGAUCAGCCUGGUCUAAUAGGGAGGCUGUGAAUCAAAACCGAAACAAGAGACAAUAAAACAAGCAGAAUUAAACCCAUAAGAAUAGAGCUCUAGGCGGUUAUUAUGAAGCCAGUGUGUCAUCAAAGGUGGGUGAAGGUAACGGGCUUGAAUGUCUGUAAGGUAUGAGGAACCAAAGAGAUAUAUAAGUGCAAGUUAUAUAUGGUAGAAUUUACAUAAUAGAAGUCAAACAGAGCUUUGGGCAAGCAGCAAGAGCCCACAGGAUUCCUGUCCAGUUGGUGGGCUGCAUGAAAUGCUUAAGGUUGCUGGGUGAAGGGGGCAUCCUGGUGGGGAAUUCCGGGAAUUAGUGGAGGAAGAGCUUUGAUAAUAUUCUGCGUCAUGUAUGGGUGUUUGAUGAGUAAAGUCUAACAUAUGCCUUGUAGAGAGGCAGAAGAUAUUAAGUAAAUUAGGAGCUCUUUCCAUGUGAAUGCUGGGAAUCUCUUAGGUGCAGGGAUUGGAGCAGUCUGUGAAUAAGCAUUAAGGAGACCCCCAGGUGCUCUGUUCUACAUUCUAGGCACUAUCCUGAGCACUGUGUUGUAUAUGAAGCCUAAUUCAAUAGAGAGUCUUGACUCUAGGAGAUGUGUAUCGUUUGAUUUCUCUGAUUUAUUUCCUGUUAAACGUGCAUGCAGGACUAGGAUAAACUCACAAUGAGCUCUCCAGUGCCCUGGGACCAAAGUGUGGUCUGGGCUGGCCAAGAUAGGCCAAGGUUGUGAUAUUUUGGCUCAAAAGUGGGACACCUAGAGAGGUUUAUGCCUGAGUAGACAUUCAUUCAACAAGAAGAGAACCACAAUUCCAGUUCUCAGGAGCCAUUGGCUUUGGGUGUUUGUGAUAAUAAGGCCUGGAUUGUCUGUAGAAUGAGAUCCAGGAAGUCAUGUGCAUUUACAAGGAAAGGAAAGAAGGAAUGAAGAGAGAAACAUUGAAAGAAGAGGGAAUUACCACGUGACUGAACUGAGCAGGAAUGAACAGGUCCCUUGGGCAGCAGCAUGAGAAGAGACCCAUUUCUAGAGAUGGUCACAGAAGAGGGAAGGAAAGAUUUCUGUGUAUGGAACCCAAAGGACAGGAGACCCAAAAGAAUGUCACCAUUGUGGUGUUUCAUACCUUUAAUUCAGGCACUGGAUUGGGUUUGGUAACAGGCAGGUGGAUCUCUGAGUUCAAGUUCAGCCUUGUCUUCAGAUGGAGUUAUAGGACAGCCAAGGUCAUACAGACAAAACUUGUCUCAAGAAAGAUGUCUUCUACCUGGUCAAGUUUCCAUAAGAUGUGGCUGCAGACUAAGUGUGGUCAUAGGGUGGGAAUGUCUGCUGGAUGUGAGUGGAUGAAAGGUGGAGCAUAUGGGAGGGUCGUGGGUGGCAAUUAAAGCAAUGUCUUGGAGUAGAGAUUCUAUAUGAGGUGGAUCUGUGUGAGGAGUGAGAGUCUUAUGAUAUAUGUGGUAAUUAGAUCAUUAAUGUUCUUGUGUAUGAGAUGAGGGUGAGGUGUGAUCAUUGAGAUGCUGCAAAUUCCAUGGCCCCUUCACUCCUUGUUCGGAGAGAGCACCAGCAGAAAUGAUGAGGAUUUGUGACUUUAAAAUCAUUGGGCAGGACAUCCAAUUGCCCUCCUCCCUGGGCUGACAAUCUGAUAUUAAUGCAGGAGCUAGUUGCAAGUUUAUUGAAGUAUUGAGAAUGCUAAUAAGCUUGGGAACCAGGCAGUUAGUUGGUCAGAAUGUCUGAGUGAGUUCUGCUCUAUAAGAAGAGCAAAGUAAAUGCUGGGUAGGCAUGAUGGGUAGAUGGGUGCUCUCUGGAGCUUUUCUGAUAUAUUUCCUUUUUCCAUGUUCUCUAGUACAGGAACAUACUCCAACAGUUCAGAACACAGAUAUGUCCGAAGGUCCCUCCUUUUAUCCAAAAUUCCAAAUGUCUUCAUAUACACCCAGAGACAUCAGUUCCCAAUUGCCUCAAGAGCCUGCAUGGAACUUAGCUUUUCAAAUGGGUCAGAGUCCCCUAGUGACCUCAAGAACUCCAAUGCAAUCAAGUCCUUCAGUGCGUGAACAGAAGGUACAUUGGCAAGAGUCCCAAGGGUCAUCAAUUGAAUCAAGUAUCCAGAUGCAACCAGGUCCUGUAAUGAACCCAGGUUUACCAACUCUGAGAAGACCCUCAGGGCAUCCAAGUCAUCAGAGUCCUUCAAGACCCUCAUCGAGAUCUGGUUUCCAUGUUCCCAUAGGACCUUUGGUAGAGUCAGAUAAAUAUGGCAAAAAACAAACUGGCCCUGUGGCUCCAAGGAAGCCCCGAAUGGAAAAACGCACUCAGUACUCCACAAAACAAAAGUCCGUGCUGCAAGAAUGUUUUGCUGAGUGCCAGUACCCAGACCAGAAACUAUGUAUGGAACUGGCAUCCUUGGUUGGUGUGACAGAGAAGGAGAUCAAGGUCUGGUUCAAGAACAACCGGGCUAAAUGCAAACAGAAGAAUGUUCCAGAAGCACUUCCAGAGACAAAUGGAGGCUCUAAAGCUGUUUCUGGGUCAUCCAAUUUUCCUGGUUCCAUAGCUGUUGUUGGUUAUGACCAGGGAGAGCCCAUGACCACAGCCAUGUUGGAUGUAGAUUCCACUCCCAAACUGAACUGCAGCCAGGAGUCUUCUCUGGAUGGCUAUUGGACCUAUGAUGGUGCCAUGUGUUGUCUGCAAGAAGAUGUGCUUGAUGGUAAUGCCCCUGUUACUGCUGGAGACUCUGGUGAAUCAGCACCAGUGGAAGCCCAGGCUGACAUAGCAGCAGCUAGAGCUCCAGUUGCCAUCGCAGUUGCCACCCAAAGCCCACAGGAUUGGCAGGAUUUACAUCCAUGUGAGGAAGAGCUCUGGCAAGGGAUGCUUGAGGACUUUCACCAACUGGAAGACUGGUUUACCAAGAACUACAUUGAGAGUCCAAGCAGUACUUCUCACCCCCUUGACUAGUUUAGACAUUUACAUCUAUGAAGAAGCAUGUUAAUGGACACCCGUAACCCCUGAAUUUGGGGAAAUUUCCCAAGUCUAUAUGCAUUAGUUUCAUGCCAUUGUGAUUAUAAUGUGAGGUCAUUUAAAAAACAAUUGAAAGUAUGCAUUCCUUAUUGUUGGAUUAUAUGUUCUCUAAUAAAGCAAACA